GCAUGACUAAAAAGCAUUUUGAAAGUUGAAAUAAAAUGGCUCGUCUCGUCUGGACAGGCUGUUCGAUGAUUCUCACGGGGCACAAAACCUAAUUACUAUUAACCCCUAACCCACCUCAUAGCAAAGCGCAACCCUCUUUGCCAUUGGACAGUUUUUUAAGGACAAAAUAGUCAUUUUCUGUUCAACACGUCAUUCAUCUCAACAAACGAGCUCACCGGAACCAAACCUUUCCCUUUCCUUUUUGCCCAUUUCUCCAGGAGGAAAGACCAGAUCUACGAAAUUCAAACAUUCAUUACAAAGCCAAAUCGAAACAAGAAACCCUAAUUGUUCAAUCUCUGGCUCGAUACGGCUUCGAAUCCAGAGCUUAAGCAAUGGGCGAUUUCAAUCUCGCUCUAAUUAUUGUAGCUAUAGUUGUUUGCAUUAUCGUUUUCAUCUUCAAUGUAUACCUUCUCAUCAAUUACCAACAUCCAGAUGACAAAAAUCAGGCGUAUUUCCCUAAAUUCGUUGUCGUUUUGGGCCUCUCCAUCGCUCUCAUUUCGAUAUUAAUGUUACCGGCCGACGUUGCCAACCGGCAAGCGUGUCGUCACGCGAUAUACAAUGGCGCCUGUAAUCUCACCUUGCCAAUGAAAGAUCUAUGGAUCGCUGUCUAUAUUAUUGAUGCUCUACUCGUCUUCUUUAUUAUCCCCUUUGCGAUGUUCUACUAUGAAGGCGACCAGGAUAAGAGUAUUGGCCAGAGGAUGAAAAGCGCAUUGUUAUGGGUGAUAACAACGGCCAUUGUAUGUGGUCUUGCGCUAGGCAUUUUAUAUGGACUCGUUGGAAAGGUGGAUUUCACUGUCAGGCACCUCUCUUCGACCACAACUAACUUCCCUAGUACUUGGGACUUCUCUAGCAGUCAGCCAUGUAUUGGAGCGGGUGCACGCCAGUGCUCGGCACAUCUUGCAAAUGCUUCCUCAGAGAGAACAUGGACGAUGCGCGCCACUUUUCCAGAAUAUGUUGUUGCUCUGGCUACAGUUGUUGGAUCUGUACUUUUUACGAUAUUUGGAGGUGUUGGUAUUGCAUGCUUGCCACUGGGACUUGUAUUUUCGUUCAUCCGACGUCCAAAGGCUGUUAUCACUCGGUCACAGUACAUAAAGGAAGCAACUGAACUUGGUAAAAAAGCAAGAGAAUUGAAGAAAGCAGCUGAUGCACUCCAUCAGGAAGAAAGAAGUGGUUCCAAGGGUAGAAAAUGGCGUAAAAAUGUGAAGGCAGUAGAGAAGGAGUUGCUUCAGUUGGAGGAAGAUGUAAAGCUGUUGGAAGAGAUGUACCCUCAAGGAGAACAGGCUGAGACAUCUUGGGCUUUGACUGUUCUUGGGUACUUGGCAAAACUUGUUCUGGGGAUCUUAGGGUUGAUUGUUUCUGUGGCUUGGGUUGCUCAUAUUGUGAUAUAUCUGUUGAUUGAUCCACCUCUUUCUCCUUUUCUGAAUGAGGUUUUCAUCAAGUUGGAUGAUAUAUGGGGUCUUCUGGGUACUGUGGCAUUUGCAUUCUUCUGCUUCUACCUUCUGCUUGCAGUGAUAGCUGGGGCAAUGAUGCUUGGCCUGAAACUAGUUUUCAUCACAAUUCAUCCCAUGAAGUGGGGAGCCACUCUAAUGAAUUCAUUUCUUUUCAAUGUUGGACUCAUUCUCCUAUGCUCCAUUAGUGUGAUUCAGUUCUGCGCUACAGCAUUUGGGUACUAUGCUCAAGCAACUGCUGCCCAAGAAAUUUUUGGCCACACAUUGCAGUCUCUCCGGGGAAUUAAAUACUUGUACAAGUACAAUGUUUUUCAGAUCGCAUUUAUUGUUUUAGCGGGUUUGACUUUCGUUUAUUAUGCUGCCUUUGGAUGGAGAAGAAAAAAGCCAAGCGGCAGAUUUCAGCUUUCCUCCUAAGGCAGGAUUUUGACUGGAGUGCACGCACCCACUUGGAGCCCUCGGAGUUGCCAGUUGUAUCAUCCUUGGGGAGUGUUGUUUGAUAUUUGAUGGAUAUGUAUGGCCUGGUUUUGUUUUUUUUUAUGUUGAAAGGUUUAGAGAGACAGGCCAACGUCAUCUGAGUAAAUUGGGUGGUUAUGAUGGGAGUGGCGUGGUGAGUACUGCUGUUUCUGCUUUUUUUUUUUUUUUGCUCCCCCUUUUUGUAUGUAUUAUUCUUUGUUUGGUUAAUGUUAUGUACGUGUUAUCUUUAGCACACAUGAGAGAUGAGUUUGUGUAACUUCUCUUGAUGUAAUAUAAUUACAUAACCAUUGAGAACGAAUAGAUCGUACAGGCCCACUACUUCUUCA